AAUUGCUGGGACUGGGACUGUCAAUAACAUCUAUAUUUCAUUUUCUCUCUCCUCCUAAUUAGCUCCUCACAAAUCUAAAAUCAGAUUGGUUAAAGAGUUUUAUUCUGGGAUUUGUUUGGCAUGCCAAAAGUUGGAACACCCAAAACUACCAAACUCCAACAACAAUAACAAUAAUUCUCAUAGGUUUCUGUGUUUGCUACUACAUACCAAGUUUAUUAAAUAUAAACCAUAUACUGCUAUAUCAUCAGUAGUAUAUCUGAAAUUUAUAUAUUCUUCCCUUUUUUAUUUUUUGGUCCCUCUCUUUUUUAUUUCCUCCUCUUACUAUAUAUAUAUAUACUUGAAGAUUUACUUCCAGAUCAGGUGAUCUAAUCCCUCUCACUUUCAACCAAAUCUUACAUUCAGAGUUUGUAAAAAGGAAAAAAAAAAAAAAAAAAAAAAAAUUCUUGGCUUCUUCAUCAUAUCAUCUAUCAUCAUCUUCCUAUCCUUUCUCUUUUUUUGUUGAGAGGACUGGAAAUCGUCGUCAGUGCAUUAAUCAAGGAAUAAAGUGUCCAUCAGUACAUACGGAGAGAUCGUCAUCAAUCGAUCUUCAAGUGAAUCAUAGUUGGUCUUCUCAUCUAAAUCCGAGAUAUUUUACAGGAACAAGAUCGGAAGAAGACUUCCACUAAAAAUUCUACAAUCGUUUUCUUAAAAAACUAUCGUUUUUUUUUUCUUCCUUCAACAAAUGGAGACUCAAAAGUCCAAUAAUGAUAAAGAAUUUAUGCGAAUUGCGAUGCUAAAGCAUGAAGAAACAUUCAGAGAACAGGUGAGUGAACUUCAUCGUCUAUACCGAAUACAGAAGGUGCUAAUGGAAAGUGUUGGAGUAGUAAACCAACAACAACAAAAGCCGCAAAAACUCGAGCGUUACCCUUUGGUUGAGAGCAGCCAAAAAGCCUUUACAAUUGAUCAUUAUCAACAACAACUAAUUCUACAAGCACAAGCACAAGCACAAGCACAGAGAGAUAACAUUGCGAAAACAAAGAUCAACCACAGCAACAUUAUGGUGGGAUUAAAUGUAAUGCGACCUGAUAAUCAAGUAUUAUUAACAGGCAACGGCGGUCCAAGACCAUCCGAAGCUUACGAACACAUUGCAGAAACUAACGGCAAUAGUAAUAAACUAAUGGUGUUAGAUGAAGGUGAUGAGAUUGAGCUCACUCUAAGCUUAGGUCCAACUACAUAUAACCCGACACGACGAAAGAAUGGCAAGUCGGAGUCAGGUCAAAGCAUAUCAUCUUCCUCAACGGGGUCAAGCCAGACUAGAAAAACGAGUCCGAAGAAUAAUACUAAUAAUAGAAGCUCAGUGACGACGACGACAUGGGGUGGUUUUCCUCAGGGUUCCGGAAUCGAACCCGGGUUCUCUAAUAGUCAACAAAAUAAUAAUCCUCCAUGGUUGUACCAAGCUUUGAGCUUGAAGCUCACUUAACCCAACUGAGUUUAUUAGGUUCAGUUGUCUGUAGUUUUGUGUGGAGUUGUUCUUUUGUUUAUUUUAAUUUUCUUUUAACCUUUUUUUCAAUUUUCUCUUUUGCUGUUAGUUUUUUUUUGAGACUAAUGGAGACAGAUUGAUCAGGCAUUAGUAGAGGCCUUUUGUAAAAAGUUUAAAAUUGUUAUUAAAAUGACAACCUUGUUAAUCUUACGAAAGAUUAGUCAUGAGACUUGUUAAAACUUCCUAUAUUUGUAGAAUAUGUACGUACUUCAUAUAAUGUUGAUGUUAGGAUUUAGUUA